AUGCUGUCCAACAACCCCCCUACCAGCAAUCUUCAUGCCCGUCACAGAGCGCACCGACGCCAAAAUUCGACUCCGACGGCAUUUGAUGCAGUGAAGAUCCAGCCCUUGCCCCAAAAUGUCCAGCGUCAACGAGCUCUCGGCCACCGCCGCGGCCUCAGCCUGGACACAAGAAGGCAGGACUUUGCUACGCAUGUACUGCGAGAAGCGCAGCAGCAACGCAUCCAAGCACGCCCGGGCCCCCGCCAGCAGGCACACCUUCGACAACACUCACAACAACAAAUUCACCAACACCAGCAGAUGUUCAUGGCCGCCGGCGACCAUGAAAACUACCUCGUGUCCCCCCAUGGCACCCCCCACGCUCAGCGCUUCGACGCUUCAGGCUUCGAUUCAUCCCCCAUACAGUACAACCAGUAUGGCAGCCAGAUGAACGGCGUCGUGGCCAAGAACCAACAGCCCUUCACGGGCACCAUGGGAGGAGGCAGCAAGGACUUUGAGCUCUUUGCAUCCGACAGCGCCCUCUCGACCCCGUCUUUCAUGAACUUUGGCGACACUCCCGGAACCCCCCAGGGCUGGAUCUCUGAGGGCGAAACCGCCAGCACAAGGCGCUCUUCGAGGAGGAUCAGCAACGGCAUCAUGGACAGAGUCGCCAAGUUCGAGACCAUGGGCAUGGAGAUGCAACGACCCAUGACACCACCUCAUCAGGAUGCAACAAACUACUUCCCCCCUACACCAAUGGAGACCCCACAUGACAGGGCUGUGAAGCACGAACCCAUGUCUACAAGGCCUACUCGCUUCGCCGAGGGCUAUGAUGAGUCCAUGGAAGAGACGCUGAAGCCCGUCAGACGGACGAACCAGCGCGCCCAGAAUAUCUUUGAGGACUUGCGGAGACAGUCUGAGCAGAACGUCGUCCCCGGAUCUCAGGAGGCUUCUCAAAUACCCGAUGGCGUUUACGACCACGUGGUGCCCACGCCGGACUUCAUGAACAUGAACAACUUCAAUAACGAAUUCCUGAAGAUCCAGGGUGGUUACGAAGGCCUCUCCGAUGAUGUCCAGGUUCACUCCGACAUGUCUCAGCAGUCGACUCCCCACACGCCUCUCAUGAACUUCCACAGCGUAUUCGACAACAGGCCCGAUCUCCACCACCCCAACAUGACAAUUGGUUCUGUCUCUCCUAGCAGGUCCUUCGACGACAGGUCCUAUGACGACAGAUCCUUUGACGAUUCCCGCCGCUCCUCGCCCCACCGCCGUACCGAGUCCCUCGCCAGCAUUGCCAGCGCCGCCAGCAUCGCGAGCAUCAACAUCGAGGAAACCAAGACCGAGACCGGCGUCACUCUCGACGAAAUCGCAAUGUACAUCUCAGGACCGGAUCCCAUUGACAGCAAGUGGACUUGCGUGUACGAGGACUGCGGCAAGAAGUUUGGACGCAAGGAAAACAUCAAGUCCCAUGUCCAGACGCAUCUCAACGAUCGACAGUACCAGUGCCCUACUUGCAAGAAGUGCUUCGUUCGCCAGCACGACUUGAAGCGACAUGCCAAGAUCCACACCGGUAUCAAGCCCUACCCUUGCGAAUGCGGCAACAGCUUCGCCCGGCACGACGCCCUCACCCGCCAUCGCCAGCGCGGCAUGUGCAUUGGAGCGUUCGAUGGCAUUGUGAAGAAGGUCGUCAAGCGUGGUCGCCCCCGCAAGCACCGUCCCGAGAUGGACGAGCGCGUCAACAAGUCGGCUCGCACGAGAACCAAGAACCAGUCCACCGCCUCCACCUCGUCGCAAUCUGGUUACUCGGACAGCUCUGCAGCUAACUCGCCGGAGAACGACUACAACAUGAUGUCAGACGACCAGUUUGGAAUGGGCGGUAUCAGCAUCGAGCGACGGGGAAUUGACAUGCCUCUCCAAAUCACCACAGUUUCAUCCGCACCAAUGCCGUCAUCGCCGCCUCGGGUUCACCGGGAACUGCGGGAGUUGCACCUGCAGUCAUCCCCGGCCGCGAGCCACAAUUCCGGAUACGUGUCUCCCGAGGCCCUCAUGGAGGCACCCAUCUCGUUGCCCCAGCAACCCGAGUCACCAGCCAAGAGCGAGUACAACACCCCGCCGGAACUUUCCCAGUCAUCGUCCCCGCCGCCCAACCAAUUCUUCGACGCCGAGCCCAACCACUCGGGCUUCAGUGAUGAUUCACUGCUCGCUGGAAUGAGAGGCAACCCGGGCACUGUUGGCAACACUAGUAUCUCGACCCUGGGCCUGGGCGAAGCUGACGAUGAGCUUCUCAUGAAGGCCUUCACGACCGAGGAAGGAAUGGUCCAGUUCGACCGCGACCCCAGCAUGCUCAUGAUGAGCAAAUUUGACGAGGAAUUCGACGAUGCAGUCAACAUGUUCACCAACAACGACGACGUUUUCUUCGGCAGCUCAUAA